UGCAAGCUCUUCAAAGAGUAAAGGCAAAUCUGUUCGGAUUUCAGACGAAGUUGAAGAACGCGAAUAUUAUAAAGAAGAUUACUAUGAAGAGGUUGUUGACGAAGAGGAAGGGGGACGGUUCUAUGGCGGUGGGCUUACUGAAGAGCAAAUGGAAAUAUUGGAUUAUGUAGAUCAAGUUGAGAUUAAGAGUGAGGAGACAGCAGAAACCCUUGAUAUCUCUGGUGUCAGAAAAAUGAUUCUUAAAUUUGAAAAGGCUAUAACAAAAAAUCAGGAGCUUCGUGUGAAAUUUCCUGAUAACCCACAAAAAUUCAUGGACUCCGAAGCGGAUUUACAUGAGGAAAUAAAACAUUUAAUGGCUUUAACAGAGGCGCCAGAUCUAAUUCCAUUUGUCGUAGAAUUAGGUGCGGUAGGUCACCUUGCGUCUUUACUAACUCACGAAAACACAGAUAUCGCCAUUGAUGUGGUUGAACUGCUGAACGAUCUCACUGAAGAUGAUGUGAUGGGAGAAGACAAUGACGAGGCAUUGAAAAUUUUGGUUGAUUCUUUGGUGGAAAAUCAAGUCCUGGAGCUUUUAGUGCAGAAUCUGAAUCGAUUAGAUCAAGAAGAAGCCGCUGAUAAACAAGGCGUCUUUAAUACGCUUGGUGUAAUUGAAAAUCUGACAUCAUUUGAUCCCUCGCUUUCCGAGAAAGUAGUUGGAGAGACUAAUCUAAUGGCAUGGAUUCUGAAUCGGAUCAAAGUUAAAGCUUUUGAUUCCAAUAAACAAUACGCCAGUGAAAUUUUAGCGAUUUUACUGCAAAAUAGUCGAGGCAUCUUCUUUAUUAAUCUUUUAAAUUUUGACAUAACAGACAAUCGGUUAAAGUUUAGUGAGCUUAAUGGUGUAGAUGUUCUAUUGCAAGUAUUGAACGCUUAUAAGCGCAAAGAUCCAAAAGACGAAGAUGAGACGGAAAUGAUGGAAAAUUUUUUUGAUGCGCUGUGUUCGGCAGUCACUGAGCCAGAACUUAAACAAAAGUUUUUGGAAGGGGAGGGUGUAGAAUUGAUGCUCAUAAUGAUGAAAGAGAAAAAAAUGUCACGCAUGCGCUCAAUUAAGGUGUUAGAUCAUGCGAUGUGGACAGCGCAAGGGACAGUCAAUUGCAUAAAAUUUGUUGAAAUUUUCGGCUUAAAGACGUUAUUUGCAGCAUUUAUGCGAAAGGGCCUCAAGAAAUUUAAAAAAAUAUAUAAAUCAUUUUCAGAAACCGAGGAAGAAGAACAUAUUCUAGGAAUUAUUGUUUCGCUUAUAAAAAAUCUCCCAGUUGAUAGUGAUCAUCGAUUGCGAUUGGUUCAAAAAUUUACAGAGAGUGAUCACGAAAAAGUCGAUCGACUGUUGGAACUACGAGAAAAUUAUGAAAUUAAAGUUUCGAUGGUCGAUCAAGAGAUUGAUGAAAGGGAACAGGAACUUGAAGGAGAGGAUGUCGAUGAUGACAUUUUAGAAGAAUUUUAUAGAAAACGGUUAUCUGCUGGCUUAUUUACUCUUCAACUGGUGGAUAUAACAAUUGCAUGGAUCUGCCAUGAAGAUUUCAAGACUAAAGAACAUGUAAAAACUCUCCUUAAUCGUAGAAAGCGGAAUUUAGAAGAUAUACGAAAGGUUUUGGAAGAGUAUUUGAAUAAUCUUGGCGAUCAAAAUGCAACGCAGGCAGAAAAACCAAUGGACGACAAUGUAGAGCGACCAAUGACGAUACAAGAAAAUAAAAUUGGCUCAACACUCGAUAUUCAGUCUACAAACUUGAAUGACAAUGAACAGGACACGAGCAUAUAUUCCCUCGUUAAUAAUAGCAAAAUUUCUACUGCUCGAAAUGAGCAAGAAAUGCACGAGAGAAUAUUGGUGCAAGGACUAAUAAAUAACUUGCAGCUCUAG